UCAAAUAGUGCUCGUUUUAUUUGAAUUAUUUAAAUUUUUUUAUAUUUUAUAUACUUCUUCAUAAGCUGGUUUACCUUGCUUGUACCGCGCUCCUGCGUGCGCCGAACGUCGUAAGAUCAAAACCAAAACACCCACGCUAGCGCGCGAGUGGGCCGCUUUUGAAUGCCAUAACGGCUACACUUAAGUCAAAGUCAAAACGCCUCGCUGUUAAGUGGCAUACAAACCGAACGCUUGUGCGCGCUCGCACCUUUCCUGGCAGUUCAGUCGCUGUUGAACCUGCGCCGCAUUAAGUUGUAUACAGCGGGCAUAGUGGCACUUGCGCGCUUUGUAAUUUUGAGUUAGCGCGCCCAACUAACUUAAAGCUAUAUACUUAUUAGCUUGAUGCGAAUUUAAUUUGAUUCGGCAACGCGCCGCCAAGUAGCUCAUUCAAAAAUUAGUGAUCACAGCAGCGUUAGUCAGCGCGCGCGUUCUCUAUAUUAACAAAGUGCGACGCCGCGAAGUAGUAGUCAGUCAAGCGUUCACUUUUCGUGCUUGCAGUGGGCUUACUACUUCCCUGCGAAUUGCGGCGCAUUCAGUAUGUUUUAGACGCGCGCAGCUAUUAGACGCACAAAAUUGAAAGCACUCCUCGUGCGCGCGUUCAAUACGUUUAACUGCAGUAUGUGUAAGCACACAGUGGUGGCGAUAGCUUUACGCUCAAUAUAUUUUUGGUACAAAUAUAAAUUGUGUACAUGGCAUAAUUUGAGCGUAUUCAGUGGAUAGAUUUACUCAACAGGCAGCGCGUCUACGCGUUAACGUCAUCAGCAGGAACUUGCGCGCCAGCUAAACACACAUACAAAUAAAGCGCAAACAUUGUGUCGCGUGUAUUAACUGAUCGCUAUCGGUCUGUUGUGCUAUUCGGGAGCGCGUUAUAAAAAUACCGUUCUGAUGCCAUGCGACGUUGUGGGGCAUAUUCGGAUGCGCGCUGAGCGAUAGAUACCCAGCUACAAUGAGAAUGCGUUGCGGCGUAGUGCAUAGCUGUGGACAAUUUUGAUAAUUGGAUAUUUUUAGACUGCAUGUGAAUUUGAAACGGUAGCUAGUAGCAACAGAAGAAAGGCAAGAAGAAAAUUACAAAAACACGAAAGUUUUUUAUUGUAGUUCCAAAUCAGCAAUGAGUGUAUAAUUCGGUGUGUGAGAGGUGUAUAAUUGUUAAAUUAGUGAAUUUUGAUUAGCGCUGCUGGUAGUGCGGCAUUGAUUUCCUCUAGUGCAGUUGGCUAGGAAAUCUAGAACAGUAAGCGACUGACUGAGUGAUUGAAGGAAGCGGUGAAAAGCAGCGCGGUAGGUUAUAGAUUUAUGGCGAGAGAAACAAAUGAAAUUUAUUUAGAGGAAAUAUUAUAAAUAUAUAGCUCAGUUAAAUGUGUAUAAGCAACGUGUGAGUGAGAUGUGUAAGAAAACAAAAAGAACAACAGAGGAAAAAUAAUAUACAAUAAAAAAAAUUUAAAACUAAAAUCCUAAAGAAAAAAUUGUAAAAUAAAUUGUAUGAUAUAAGCAAAAGACAUCAACUACAAUAAAAACAGAAAAAUCCGAAAACAUAAAAAAAUUUAAAUAAUUGUUUAAGAAAGAGUUCAAAAGCGUUAAAUUAAAAAAAUAAUAAUCAAUAAGAAACAAAUACAACAAAAUAUUAAAAACAACAAUAGCAAAUUGAACAAAAAAUAUCAAAAAAAAAUAAAAUUUUCAAAAAACUAAAAAAUUGAACAAAAAAUCUAAAAAAAAACUAAAAAAAAACUAAUUAAAAAAAAUAAUAAUUAAUAACUUAUAAAAAAGCAAAAUACUUAUAAAAAAAACCAAUACUAGAAAAACAUAAAACAACAACAAAACUUGUGCAUUUCACCAAAAAAAAUUCCGAAUUUCAAUCAACCACAUAACAAAAUAAAACAGAAUAAAUAUAAAACAAAUCAAAAUCUUCUUGAAAAAUUUCCGCCAUUUCAUUUGAUGAACUUCAAUAAAAUAAAAUAAAAAUAUCCCGCGGCUACGUAGUGAGUGAGUGAUUGCAUUGCAUUGCUGUUGAAGACAGCGCCAUAUACCUAAUACCUACAUAUCUACAUAUGUGCAUGCGUAGGACUUUCCCCCAAGCAAGACAACAAGUGACUGAGUGAUUUAUUAGUCAACGGCUGUCAGACGCUCCAGGAGUACUUGCAGUGGUACGCAAACAAAUAUAUCCGCCACAAAAUCAGUAGUGCCAAAACCAUAAUGCGCGAUUAUACGACAUUACUGAGCGGCAGCCAGCGCGCUGUGGACGAAGGCAAAUGCAGUAAAACAGGUAGCCGCAAGGAGAAAUAUGCGCUGCGUGAACGCCAAAAGCGCCGACUUGGCUUGGCGAGUGUGGUCGAAAUGCCGAAACGUUCAAACCACAGAGAUGAUGUAGAAACGGCCACAGGACAGCAGCGUACACAAAGCAGCACAGCGUCCAAAUCGAAAGCACCACCGCUCAGCAAAUAUCGACGGAAAACCGCUAAUGCGCGCGAACGCACACGCAUGCGUGAAAUCAAUACCGCAUUCGAGAAUUUGCGGCAUUGUGUGCCACAGAGCAUUGCAGUCGACGAAGCGGGACCGACCAAUGAGAAGCUAACGAAAAUCACAACACUACGUUUAGCCAUGAAGUAUAUCGGUUUGCUGACAGAGGUGCUGCAUAAUCCUGACUUUAAUGGUGAAUUGCCAUUAGAUUUUUUAUGUACCAGUGAGGAUGAAGUGAUAAAUCAACCAACGACAGCAAUACCAAGAAUAAAAGUGGAGCCCAAAAGUCUUGUAGCAGCGUCAAAAAGCAACAAAGCAGCAAAUAAAGCGACAACAGCUCACAAAACGAAAAUUGCUGUGCUGCCGAAGGCGCCAAAACGUUUAGGCAAGCGAAAAAAGAAGGAUGUAAAGCCUGCUGCACCUGUCACACAGCCCAGCAAACGUAAUACAAAGUCAGCACAGUGUCGUGUUCCGACGCAAGCAAGCACCACAUCCUCGUCCAUCUCCUCCUCAUCAUUUGUUACCUGCAGUGGCGAUUCACUCUCAUCACACUCAUCGAGCUUCCUCGAUAGCAUAACCAGUCCGAGUUAUUCCAGUAGUUUUGUGCCUGCUAUGUCCGAGCUCAAUAGUCUAACGCUCGAAUCUGAUGGCGAGUCGCUGCAUCUUUCGGAUCCCUGUAACAGUCCUUUGCAAGAUAAAUACGAUAGACUCUUUGGCACUGGCGCUUUGAAUACGCGGUCAUCUGUGGAACAAUCAAUUAUAGGUGAUAUCGAUACGCCGCUAGAAUUGAGCUUACAAUUCCUUGGCACAACACCUGGUCCGCUAGACUUCUCUAUGGAGCAGCCGCCGACGACAUGCAUUAGUCCGCUAGUGGCUUUGGACUCAUUUAAUCCAUUUAGCGAUUUUCUGCAUGAAUAUCCGGAACAAGCAUCAUUAGACUUAUUUCUGACAUAACACGCCAUCGAAUGCCUUAAAAUUUACUAGUAUCUAACUUAGUUUGAAUUUGCUUCUACUGCUCGUGUGAGCUUUAUCACUAUCAUUUCACGUGGCCAUCACUAGUAUUUCACAUUAUUUCUCUUACAUUUUAAUUUAAUAAUCGUUAAUUAUGUUAAUUUAAAAUAUAUAUAUAUAUACAUAUAUAUGAUGCAUUUAAUCAAACGGUACUGAGGGAGUGCGUGUUAAACUUACAUACUUACUGGAAUAACAAAUGCUCUGUAAUAAUGCAUUACUCUUACGUCCCUUUUUUAAUGGAGUUGACUGUAGCUUUUAACUAUUUUUUUAUAUUUUGUAUGCUUUAUAAGAAAUUAAGCUAACACUUUGAUAUUGUUUUUGUAAAUUAGGAAAGAAUUUUUUAUUGUAAACAUUUUUCUAUGGAAAUAUUUAUUUUUUUUAUUAACUAAAUAUUCCUUAUAAUUGUUGAUUUUUUAUUAAUAAUGUAUACACAAUAUAAUAAAGCGGACAAAACUUGUCGCAUGUUUUAACACAAGUACUAAGGUUUCAAUAAAAAAUAUAUAAAUGCAACAAAAAGGCAACAACAAAAA